AAUAAAUAAUCGGAUGGUUAAAGCGAGAAGGACGGGGUAUGUGUGUUUGUGUUCGUGUACAGUCCUACAGAACACACGCACCAGAGAGCUCACCCCUAAAUGACGCGUCACUCCAUCCACGCCCACCGAAUAAGAGGCAAGAUUCGUCCACUCUGCCCCCGCUUGUCCCGACGUGCCUCCCAGCAACGAAGAUGACACGCUUCCAUCACGUCUCUCUCUCCCUCCACGAUAAGGUGUUCACGGUGACGCCACCGAUCUCCGGGCAUCUCCCCGCACCACCGACGCCGAGGCGGACACCAUGGGACACGCAGCAGCGGGCGACCACCUGUUCUCGGUGAGGACCACCGUGGUGUGGUGCCUGCUCUUCUGCGACUCCAUCGUGUGCGGCCAGGGGGUCCAGCCCCACGGCGAGGACCAGCUCUUCAAGAAGCUCUUCUUCCGCUACAACAAGUGGUCCCGGCCGGUGCCCAACGUCUCCGACGUGGUCAUCGUCAAGUUCGGCCUCUCCAUCGCCCAGCUCAUCGAUGUGGAUGAAAAGAACCAGAUGAUGACCACCAAUGUGUGGCUGAAACAAGAAUGGAACGACUACAAGCUGAGCUGGAACCCGUCCGACUACGACAACGUGACGUCCAUCAGGGUGCCCUCCGAGCUGAUCUGGGUGCCUGACAUCGUCCUCUACAACAAUGCCGACGGGGAGUUCGCCGUGACCCACAUGACCAAGGCGCACCUGUUCCACACGGGCAAGGUGCGCUGGGUGCCGCCGGCCAUCUACAAGUCGUCGUGCAGCAUCGACGUCACCUUCUUCCCCUUCGACCAGCAGAACUGCAAGAUGAAGUUCGGCUCGUGGACCUACGACAAGGCCAAGAUCGACCUCGAGCCCAUCGAGGUGGCGGUGGACCUCAGCAACUACUGGGAGAGCGGCGAGUGGGCCAUCAUCAACGCGGUGGGCACCUACAACACCAAGAAGUACGACUGCUGCCACGAGAUCUACCCGGACAUCACCUACUUCUUCAUCAUCCGCCGGCUGCCCCUCUUCUACACCAUCAACCUCAUCAUCCCCUGCCUGCUCAUCUCCUGCCUGACUGUGCUGGUGUUCUACCUGCCGUCGGACUGCGGCGAGAAGAUCACUCUGUGCAUCUCGGUGCUGCUGUCGCUCACCGUGUUCCUGCUGCUCAUCACCGAGAUCAUCCCGUCCACCUCGCUGGUCAUCCCGCUCAUCGGCGAGUACCUGCUCUUCACCAUGAUCUUCGUCACGCUCAGCAUCGUCAUCACCGUCUUCGUGCUCAACGUGCACCACCGCUCGCCGGGCACGCACCAGAUGCCCCUCUGGGUGCACCGCGUGUUCCUGGACCUCAUCCCCCGCUGGCUGUUCAUGCGGCGACCGGCGCCGGAUGGGCGGCGGCGGCGGCUGACCACGCUGCGGCGGGAGACGGGGGCGGCGGCGGCGUGGGGGAGGAAGGGUCGUCACGACGACGGCGGCGGCGGGGCCCGCUGCCUCAGCACGUCGGCCACCUGGCUGAAGGAGGCGGGCGCCAUGGCGACGACGGCGACGGCCGAGUCCACGACGACCACGACCACGACGCUGACCACGGCAAAGGACGACCCGGAGAGGAGGUGCUACGAGGAGCUGGAGCUGGGCAAGCUGACCUCGUACUUCUCCUUCCGGCCGCCGUCGCCGCGUCCGCCCGGGUCCACGCCUCCUCCUGCUGCUCCUCCUCCUCCUCCUCCUCCUCCCCUGCUCCCCCCGGCCAGCGGCCUCGACCUGCCGCCCUUGUGCGUCCAAAAGACGGGUUCCCUCGGCGAGGAGGCGACGCCGGGGGAGUCGUCCUUCCUGCUGUCGCCAGGCGUGAUGCGGGCGCUGGAGGGCGUGCUCUACAUCGCCGACCACCUCCGCGCCGAGGACGCCGACUUCAGCGUGAAGGAAGACUGGAAGUACGUUGCCAUGGUGAUCGACCGCAUCUUCCUGUGGAUGUUCAUCAUCGUGUGCCUACUGGGCACCAUCGGCCUUUUCCUCCCGCCCUGGCUGGCCGGAAUGAUCUAGAAGAGGUGGCCUCCGUCCCCAGCACCACUGCCACUGGUGACCUAUGACCUCUGCUGGGGAGAAAGUACGGCAGGUCCCUGGAUAAGAGUUGUGUUACGCAGGCUUAACUGGUGAUGGAUCUGGUUCAAAAGACCUGACCUGAGGGUCCCGGACAUAGUUGACCCCCUUGAGUGUUCUGGCUGGAAUCUGUGGUUUGGAAACAUUCCUGGACUGUGGAGGAGUUGAACCGGUCAGUGGCGCGGUCUACCAGGGGCCGAUUUGGUGGGCAGGGCCCAAACUCAGCUUAUUUUUUUUGUCUUCCACCUCUGGAUCCUGAUCAUUACCAUACUCACACACACAGAAACAAAAGAAUUACCCCAAAAAGCCGGUCGUUCCUGCCUAGUGGCUUUGAUGAAGACGUGCCCAAUGGCAUUUUGUUUGAGUUUCAGUGGCUGCAGCAACACCCUGGAUCUCUCCCGGAGUUCCCUUGAGCGGGAAACAUUUCGGUCGGACGAAUGCAUUGUUGUACUGCGCUGUCCGCUCCCCUCCGUGACCCGAUGGAAUAAGAGACCGUGCGCAGCUCGUCAUCUCCAUGCGUCAGUGGCCUUUGACCGGGAGCGACCGGGAGCAGACAGGCCAGGCUCUUUCAAGCGUUCGUCCUCUGGCAUUACAUGAAAUACCUAAAAAACAUAUGGGGCCCUAUCUUGCAUCCGGCGCAAUUGGCUUUCUCACUGGCGCAUGUGUCGUUGCUAGUUUGCAACUGGCGCAGAGCGUUCUAUUCCCUCCUGCGUCACGCGUCUGUAAAUUAGGGAAUGAUCUUGCGCCCCAAGGGGCGAUUCGGCAAAAGGAGGAGGCGUUUUCUGGCGCAAACGUUCCCUGGUGCUAUUUUGCAGUUUCAGAAAUCC